UUCUUCACACUGUGCUAGGACGCCGGUACAAUGUAUAAGGACUGAUAAAUGGAUAAUUGAAUCCUCAGAAUGCCAGUGUGACCGAGAGGAGAACGGGUUUGGCUGCACUUGUGGCGGAACGAGGGAGAGGAAUUUUAUAGUUGAUUAAACAGGAUUGAAAACUUCCAAACUGGAAUUUGGUAGUGUUUCGAAACUGCCGGCCAAACCAUGGCUCUGUCAAUCCAGAGUUGGGUCGCCAACGAAGGAGGAAAGCACUUGGUUUUGAUUAUGUGGCUUGGCGUUAACACUUGGCUGUUCUUGAGGACGUUCAUGACGUACUGCAGCGGACAACAAUACUUCUACCUCCAUAAGAUGCUCGGGCUAGGGUUGUGUGUCAGCCGUGCAUCUGCAUCAGUGCUCAACCUGAACUGCAAUCUGGUCCUGCUGCCCAUGUGUCGGUCUCUGCUCACCUACCUCAGAGGAACCCAUGUGGUGAACAGGAAGGCACGCAGACUGCUGGACAAAGGUAAAACCUUCCAUGUGGCUUGUGGGGUGGCCAUUUGUGUCUUCUCUGUGGUGCACGUGUCUGCUCACCUGGCCAACCUGGUCAACUUCAGCGUCAGGUACUCAGAGGAGUUCCCCGCUCUCAACGUUGCACGCUACAGGGGGGAGGACCCCAGAAUCAUCAUCCUGACCACAGUUCCUGGGGUUACUGGCGUCCUGUUGGUCCUCGUCCUCUUCUUGAUGUUUACAGCCUCCUCAUACUGCAUACGAGUGUGUAACUAUGAGAUCUUCUGGUACACCCACAACCUCUUCAUCGUGUUUUAUCUCAUUCUGCUGGUACAUGUGAUUGGGGGAGCUCUGAAGUUCCAGACCAACGUGGAAGCCCACCCCCCUGGCUGCUUCAGAGCCAAUCAGACGUCCUCAGAGCAUCAGGGGGAGGGGCUGGAACGAGGGGAGGGGCUUGAGAAGAGCUGUGGAGAGGAGGCUCAUUUUCAACCCCACCAACCCCAGACCUGGCUAUGGAUAUCAGGGCCCCUGUGUCUGUACUGCGCCGAGAGACUCUACCGUUACAUCCGUAGCAGCGAUCCCGUCACCAUAGUUACCGUUCUCCGACACCCUUGUGAUGUCAUAGAGGUGCGCAUGUUGAAGAGGGAAUUCAACGCCCGCCCAGGGCAGUACGUUGUCCUGAACUGUCCGACAGUGUCGUCGUUUGAGAACCAUCCCUUCACGCUGACAGCGUGUCCCACAGAGAAGAGUGGGGUGUUUGGCGUCCAUUUACGCGUGGUGGGAGACUGGACUGAGCGCUUCACGGAGCUGUUGCUUCCUGGGCCGGGGGUGGCAUCAGAGAUCCUUCCCAUGGUGCAACAGAGGACGUACCCAAAGCUUUACGUGGAUGGUCCAUUUGGUAGUCCGUCAGAGGAUGUGUUUAACUACGAGGUCAGUCUGUGUGUGGCGGGCGGGAUCGGUGUCACGCCAUUCGCCUGCGUGCUACACACUCUGCUAGACAGCUGGAGGACGUUCAGACUGAGGAGGCUGUAUUUUGUAUGGGUGUGCAGGGAGCUCCAGUCCUUCUACUGGUUUGCUGAGCUGCUGUGCACCCUGCACCACAAGCUGUGGCAGGAAAACAGACCAGACUACCUCAACCUGCACCUCUUCAUCAGCCAGACCGACAGACUGCAGGUGAGUCAGAUGCAGUCACAUAUAACAAGGGCUUGAAAUUAACGGCGUCCC